AUGGCCAUUCACACCGCACUCAAGCUUCAUACGAGCGUCGACACAUUCACUCUGGAGCCCGUCCACAGCGAUGGUUCGGCGGCAUCAGAGAAUGUAGUCAUCCAGCGCAGCACAGGCGAAGCCCGAUUGAACUCACCCGCUACCAAGAUUUCUUCCGAUCAGGAAGCUAUGAACAUCUAUGGUGUUAUUGGCUUUAUCCGUCUUUUGGCUGGCGAGUACAUGGUCGUUAUUACCGAACGGACAAAGCUUGGUCGCAUUGGCGAGCAUGAGAUCUACAAAGUCAAGGACUACAAGGUCCUCCCUCUUUCCCGUAAUAACCAUGCCUUGACCGAGGCCCAGGUUGGCGAAGAGGCCUCCUACCUCUCCUUGCUUCACGCUCACCUUCAGUCAGCACAGCUCCACUUCUCGUAUGGAUACGAAGUGACCCAUACUCUUCAGCGCCAGUCAGAAUUGAAGGAUAACACUCAAUCGAUUUGGGAGCGGGCCGACGAGAGAUUCUUCUGGAACAGACGACUUCAGACAAAGUUCAUUGAACACUCUAUCAACAACAAGGCUGAGGAUCUAAGCAACUUCAUCUUGCCUAUUAUUAAUGGCUUCGCCGAGAUCAAGACCACCGAAAUCAACAAGAAGCCAUUCACCUUUGCUCUCAUCUCUCGCCGAUCUCGCCAUCGCGCUGGUACCCGCUACUUCUCUCGCGGUGUGGAUGCUCAAGGAAACGUCUCCAACUUUAAUGAGACAGAGCAGAUCGUGAUCGCGGAUGCUGAUCUUGACGGCACAGCCUCGACCCUGCCCGGCGGACAGAUUUUCCUGUCCCAUGUUCAGACCCGUGGCUCCAUCCCUAUCUACUGGACUCAGAUCAACAACAUCAAGUACACUCCCAAGCUUCAAAUCUUUGAGAAUCCCGAGACUGAGAAUUCAUUCCGCAAGCAUUUCGAGAUCCAAAAGUCCUUCUAUGGUCCCCAGCUCGUCAUCAACUUGAUUAACAAGAAGGGAUACGAAGGACCUAUGGGAGUGGCAUUCCAGAAGCACAUUGACGUCCUGAAUGACCCAGACAUCAAGUACCACCACUUUGAUUUCCAUCAUGAGUGCAGCAAGAUGAAGUGGCACCGUGUGUCCCUUUUGUUGGAGCACUUCCAGGAAGAACUCAACGCACAAGGAUACUUUAAGGCCGAGAUCGGCAGGGACGGCCUCGAAAAGGUCUCCCAGAAGCAGAGCUCUGUAGUCCGCACCAAUUGCAUGGACUGCCUUGACAGAACCAACGUUGUUCAGUCUGUUGUUUCCCGCUGGGUGCUCAAUCGUCAGCUGCGCGAGAUCGGUAUCUUGGGCGCGGAUGAGCAGUUUGAGAAAUUCCAGCAUGUCGAACUCAUGUUCCGCAAUGUCUGGGCUGACAACGCUGACGUUGUGAGCUGCGCAUACUCUGGUACCGGCGCUCUUAAGACCGAUUUUACCAGGUAG